AGUGUCUCGAACAAGUUCCUUCCCGCAGACGAAAAAUGAAAAGUUUUACCAUCUACAUUGCACUGGUAAAUUUGGCAAUUAUAACCGAUGGACGACAGUUCAACUUCGAUCAGUGGUCGAAGAUGAUCGAUCCGGAUGAUUCGCUGGGAUUUCCAGAUGACUGCAUCACUCAAUCCUGCAAUGACCUGUACGAAGAGAAACGGAGUAGAGGUUUUGAAGGAACCAAUCAAAUGAUGGCUGCAACGGGACCCUAUCAUUUUUCGAUUGAUCCGUGGGAGUGGAUGUCGUGCCCCUGUGAGACUGCAUAUAUCAUUGAGGAUCUUGGGUCUGGGCAUUACCCCCGCUAUCUCUCCCGGGCCCACUGUGUCCACAAAACUUGCCGCAAUAGACUGAAUCCAUGCAAAUUGCUGGACUACAAGGUGCAUAUUCUUGAGGAACGUGAUCCUAAUGAACCGAAUGAUGGACAGUACAUAGAACAGGCGGUAUUACCCGAACCCCUUCGCGUCCAAUGGCAAAUGAAACCAGUGACAAUUGCUGUGGCCUGUGUCGCUGUCACCGAACGGAGAAAAAAUUGAUAGCCUCACUCGCUGAAUUAGUGUCGGAGCCUUUAGAAACUGGAACUUGGAUUGCAAUUUCGUCAUGAUAACCACCACGAGAACUUGUCCGAUAAUGAAUAUCCACAAGGAAAUAUUCAGGAAUGAUAUCAUCAUUAAUUUUUCUGAUGUUUUGGUUUCCUGGAGCUGUUGCAAUUUCUCUCCUCGUAAAUUUGACAACUUAAAAUGACAAAAGUGUCCCAAAACGACUGAUUUUCAAUGGAUUAUUACUACACAUCUCUAAAGCAAAAAAAAAUG